UUAUAUUAGUGCAGAACACUGUACCUUUAAUUUAAAAUGCCCUUGGAGUCUGCUGGGGAAGAGAAAUAAUACUGUCAGUCAGUAUGACAUGCAGAUGAGUGCCGUCGAUCUUAGUAUCAUCCCCACCGCACACUUCACUCAUUUGGGCAGUCACGGGGCCAAAACCAGAAGUGUGGAGCCACAGUGUGGCGGUGGAGGUGGCAGGAUGUUUCAGCAAUGGGAGACCAUACAGCACCCUAUGACAAAAUGGAACCCACCAGCAGUGUGAGGAGACCUGAAAGUGGCACAUGGCAGAGUGUGCGAUGGAGACAGCAGCAAUGGGAGGCCGUACAGGGACCCAUGACACACUCUGGACCUGGCAGCAGCAUGAGGAGUCGGUAUGGGGGCCCAUCGGCCCAAUUACGGGCCUGGCAGCAGCAUGAGGAGGCGGUACAGGGGCUCCCAUGGCAGAGUGGCGGAGCGUAAGCAGCUAAAAUUGAAGGCCCAUACAGAGGCCUAUGUUAAAAAGUCCCCCCAGCAGCAGCGUGGGGAGACGACUAUCAAGAGUCCAAUGGCAGAGUGCGGAAGCCGUCAGCAGCGUGAGCAGACGACAGAGGCACAUGGCGCAGGCGGAAGCCGUCAGCAGCGUGAGCAGACGACAGAGGCACAU